CUCAUCUUGGCCUUGACUCAGCCUCCCCUUCACACUCUCAUGAAUAAGAAAAAAGGGGGACAUUUUGUUCAAAGAAACACAAACAGGACUGGACCAAGGAAUGCCGGCCAGGGCCAAGGACCUCGCUGAUGGCGAUAGGGAUGUACGGGUGCAGGUCCGGCCGAUGGUUCCAGGGGACGAGGCUGCCACCCGAGGACUCUUGGCAAUGGUGGCGGCAGAGUUGGGCUCGGCCGUUGGAAACCGGAUGGUGUGGCGGCCGUGGUUCCUGCUGCUACUAGGUUGUGGCUUUGCGCUCCUGGCAGCCUCAUCCCGGUCCCUGUUGCUGCCCUUGCUGGUACUGGCGCUGCUCCUGGCUGUUGGCUACCCUGCCCUGGCCCAUGUGUGGGCUCUGUAUGUCCAUCAAGACAUGAGCCUGGGUCUGGGGGCUUCAGGGGCCACAGGCUUUCGAUUCUGGGUGGCUGUGGAUGCAGAGGGCAGUGUGGUGGGCACGGUGGGUGUGUCAGGGAUUGGGGAAAGUGGAGAUGGGAAAUUGGAGCUGAGGUCCCUAGCCGUGGGCCCAAAGCAUCGGGGUCAUGGGGUGGGCAGGGCCCUGUGCCAGGCUGUGCUGGCUUUUGCCCGUGACCAUCCUGGCUGCCGGGUUGUGGUGCUGGACACACAUAUGCUCCAUGGUCCUGCCCAGAGACUCGUCUCCAGCCUUGGCUUCCAUCCAGGCCCUGCACGCCUGCAGCCUACACUUAGUGGAUUCCUGGCUAACCUCCCUGUCAUUCGCUACCACCAUGCCCUGGCUGGCAACAGCACUGAAGAGGACAGCCCAGGGGGUGAGGACUGAACCUUCUACUUGUCAGCCAGGGGACCGAGCCUCCCAUCAACCCAGAGAUUGAACCUCCCACCCACCCAUCUGCCAGCCCAGAGGUGCUGCUCUGCUGGGUCUCCUGGGAAUGGAGGGCCUUGGGCCAGCUCUGCAGCCUUGAGGGAGGGUUGAUGAGCAGGUGACGGCGGGCACUGGGGUUGUCAGGCGGGGAGGAUUCCUGUGGGGGCUGGAUGUGGUGAUGGGUGAGAAUCAGGGUCAGACAGGUGAUGGGUUUCCUGGGGACACUUUCAGGGGCCUGAGCUGAGGAACCAUGGGAAACUGGAGAGGACAUUCUGCUGAAAGAGGUCAUAAAGGGAUUAUAGGGCAGCUGGGAUGGUGCCCAUCCAGUCAGAACUACCCCAAAAUGGGAUGGGCUACCUUAGGAGAGAGUGGAGUCACCAUUCUGUGGGGCUUCUAGUAGAGGUGGGAGGACUACGGGUCAGAGAUGUCAAGGGGAGGAUUCCUGCUCAGUGCAGGCUUGGACUGGUUCUGCUCUCCGAUUCUGGGGCUAGGGAGGCUGGUCCUGCACCUAGCACAGAGAUGUUCAAUAAAUACUAUUGGAUUGGGGCCUGGACAGAGCCUAAGAAAAUAAAACUUUUCCACCUCCCUUCCCUCUCCCCUCAGCUUUGUCUCUCUCUUGAGACUUUCCAGAGGCUCAUUAGAGAUGAGAAUGGGUGUCUGGCCUCCCUCCUCUUCCAGAUACUGGACCAAGUGUGCCCACCUCAUUCAUCUUCCCUGCCCCAUCCAGGUUUCCAAGUCUGGACCUGAGAAGCCCCAGACUUGUGCCCUAAGUCUUACCAAGUGAAAUCUGUUCCCAGGGAUCCUCACUCAGGGUCCUCCAGAGGACCAUUGCUGUGAGCCUCUGUCGGAGCUUUUACCUUACCCUGCCAAGCUUCUGUGAUCUGUGGGCCCUCAACCACUAACCCCAAAGGCUUCCUGCUCCCUGGGGCUGCCUGCUGUGGGAGCAUGGGGUCUGGAGUCGAGUGCAGUGUGGGCAUCUUGACUAACAUGUAGGACGGGGCCCUGGGCCUGCCCUCGGAGGCACCCCUUACACUAUUGAAGAUUCUGGCAUUUCCCAGUUUGCCCCUCUGAGCCUCAGGCAGGAUGGGAGUAACAAGACCUGCCCUCUCCAGCCAACUUGGCACCUCUGGAGCAGAGUGCUUUGUAAACCAAUUAGCAAGCUUUUAGGAUGAUCCGGGAAGUGUGCUAAGUGUUGGGCGGGCAGACAGAGAAUGGAUGUAAGCCUCAGAGUGCCAGAGAAUGGACCUUCUGGUUGUUGUUCUCGCACAUUGUCAUGUGCUGCUGCCAUCUCCUGGUGCCUGAUUCUAACAUCCGCCUUUUUUUCCCCCUCACUCGUCACUGGAUCCUCCCAACACACUGUAGGCAUUUCCUAUGGCUUAUUUCUGAGAAAAUAGACUCAGGAACAAUAUAUCAGGACUAAGUCGUCAGAUGUAAAUCAGAAACAAAUUCUCCACGUAGGGCUGACCUGGGGCUUCCGCUCAGCCUUGGAGUGCUCCGGAAGUCACCUACUCUCUUCCCUACCUCAGGCAAGAGAGCUAAAAGGCAGCAGGCCCUGGCCAGAUCUGCUCUGAUGGGCUGAGGAUCUCUCCUGAAAUAGUAGGCCUCCUCUUAGCCGAUCAGAGAUCCUUGCCUUCCCUGUCCAUAGGAAUCUCCCUCCACAGACACCAAGACUGGGGUUGGAGCUAGAGUUCCUGGGCCUUGCCCAUCAUUCAUGUCUGUUGUUGGCCAAGGCUCUGGGACCAUGGGCAGGUGUACAUUGAAUUCAGCUGGCUCUGGGCCCUGGGGGCCACCCUGAGAAAGUGUCCCAAGUCAGGAGAAAGAACCAUGGGGUACAAUUGGGGGAGGGAGUGCGGGGGAGAAAGCCUGUCGCUGUUCCUCCAGCUUGUGUCCUUGUUUGUCCAUUGGUGGUGGUGGUGUAGGAAAUGGAGACCCGUAAGCUCACCAGACCCUUAGGACCUGGGGCAGGGGGCACUAAACCCAAAUUUGAACGUGUGUGUUUUGAUAGACUAAUCUGACUUGGACCACUAAAGAGAGACCCUGAUGGAGAUGUCUAGAAAUGGCUGUCCAGUGUGGAACCUUUCCUAGUGCAUGAUUCCUGAAUCUCUAAAUGUUUUCCCUUGUAAAUAAACUCAAGAAAAUGCA